CAGUGGCUCUCCAUUUUCAUCUGUACAUCUGGUGUCACAGGCGAAGGAAUCUUAACAGGAGGAGUUUCCACCAAAGGCUUCUCCAGAUAUUUCCAUAGUGUAAUGCUGAGCUUCUGUGAAGUUUCCCAUCAAGUUCUGGCUCUUUCGUGCCUCAUCCUUCAUGUUCAAAGACAACUGGACUUUAGAGCUGAUCCGAGCCCGACCCUGGGCGACACAUACUUGCUGUCCAUCACGCUGCUCUGUGGGAGAGUGUAAAGGGAGCUGGACACCAUGCCGACUCUACCCAAUCUGAACAGCCUGGGCAAGCUGUGCAGCUCCAGCCACAGUCAGAAUGUCGACCGCGUGCAGGUGAAACGCAGGAGCUCCGUCAAGCGCAUGUCCAUCAUCGAGGAUGGGCAUGUGGCUGAGGUCCUGUACCUCAUUCCAAAGCAGUAUGUGGAACAGAUGCCCUACCUCAACCCAAAUGACUUUUAUCUAAGUGAGAAGCUGACUGAAUUCAAUGCAGUGGCUCAUGCACAGGACACACACCAUCACUCCACAGAGAAGCCCCUGAUCCAGUGCUACAAGUGUGGGGAGCCAUGUAAGGGUGAGGUGCUGCGGGUGCAGAACAAGCACUUCCACCUCAAAUGCUUCACCUGUAAAGUGUGUGGCUGUGACCUUGCCCAGGGGGGCUUCUUCAUGAAGAAUGGAGACUAUCUGUGCACCCUGGACUACCAACGCAUGCACGGCACCCGCUGCAAUGGAUGUGGGGACUUUGUGGAGGGGGAAGUGGUCACUGCCCUGGGCAAGACCUAUCAUCCUGCCUGCUUCGUCUGCACCAUCUGCAAACGACCAUUCCCUGCAGGGGAUAGAGUGACCUUUAACGGGAAGGACUGUCUGUGUCAGUACUGUGUCGAGCCCAUGUCUCCAGGACCGAAGGACAUCCCGGGCUCCAGUAACUGUGCAGGAUGUGGUCGAGACAUUAAGAAUGGACAGGCUCUUCUAGCGCUGGACCGACAGUGGCAUCUGGGCUGCUUUAAGUGCAAGGCGUGCAGCAAAGUGCUUACCGGGGAGUACAUUAGCAAGGAUGGCGCCCCCUACUGUGAGAGGGACUACCAGCUCCAUUUUGGAGUUCAGUGUGAAGCGUGUCAUCAGUUCAUCACAGGGAAGGUGCUUGAGGCAGGAGAUAAGCACUACCACCCCAGCUGUGCGAGAUGCAGCAGGUGCAAUCAGAUGUUCACGGAAGGAGAAGAGAUGUAUCUGCAAGGAUCGACAGUUUGGCAUCCAGGCUGCAAGAACACUAUGAGAUCAGAGGAGAGACACAGGGAGCGGCUAUUGCCUCCGUCCCUCUUAUUCCUUCAAAAAACAGAAAGGCAGCCUACGCGGUCGUCAUCCGAGAGCAUUUGUUCCAGACCUGGUUCAAGCAUACCUGGCUCACCAGGUCACACGAUCUAUGCAAAAGUAGACAAUGAGAUCCUUGAUUACAGAGACCUAGCUGCUAUUCCAAAAGUCAAAGCCAUUUAUGACAUUGAGCGUCCUGAUCUUAUUACCUAUGAACCUAUGUACUCCACCUCACUGGAUGAGAGAGAGGAGAGACAAGAGAGUGUGGGAGAGCUCCACACUGCCAGGAGGGAGCGUUCCCCCUUGCCCGAUGACAAGUCCUCAAGAAACAUGUCGCCCACCCCACCCACUGAAGUCUCAUACGAUAGAAGGGAACGCGUCCUCCAAAGGUCCACCAGUCAGGGCUCUAUAUCACCAGUUUAUAGUCGCCAUGGAUACACCCCAACCUUGUCACGGUCCCCACAACAUUUUCAUAGGCCAGAGGCUCUGACAGGCAUGCAGAAACUCUGCUCCUCCCUGUGCAGUAACAGUGUGGGCUCCAGAAAUAGUGACUCUCGCCCUACCUCCCCUUUCAGACACCACUUCCUCCCCCAUAGCCAAGGCACCGACCCGCCGAGUGGCCGGAGCUCCCCUCUCCCGCUCAGGGCCGACAGCCGGCCGGUCACCCCGCCUCUCUCUCUGACCCCUAAACAUUUCCACCUCCCAGAUCAGGGGAGCAACAUCUACAGAAAGCCACCCAUCUACAAACAACACGAUACAGCUGCCGUAGCACGUCAAAGCAAGUCGGCUGAUGACAUCAUCAGAUCCGCCACCUUCCCCGCAGCCCAUGCUCCUUCUUCGGAUGACAGCUCACGGAGCGAGGGCGACUGUUGGCCCUACUCUCUCACUUUAUUAGCACCUUUAUGCUCAGAGGGGAGGAGACGAUCCAGAGAAGAUGAGGAAGAAGAGGCCUUGAAAAGAAAGCAACUCCAGGAGGAACAUCUCAGUAAGAUUCAGUCUGGUUUGGGAAAGCUAAUUUUGAAGGAGGAGAUGGAAAAAGAGAAGAUCAGGGAGCGUCAUGCACGUAGCCUCUCUGCUCAGCGCUACGACUCCAAACAGAACAACUGUGACGCAGAGCCAACUUCGCCAACAAAAACAAACUCUUUGCCGGGCUACGGAAGGAACGGGCUUCACCGGCCCCAGUCGACAGAUUUCACACAGUACAACAGUUACAGUGACAUGUAUGGCGGAGGCAGAGAGUUUCAGCACAUAAAGGAUGGCCGUGCAGCAUUUGCAAGGAUGGACAGGGGAGUAUCUAUGCCUAAUAUGUUGGAACCAAAAGUGUAUCCCUAUGAAAUGCUCAUGAUAACCAGUAGAGGGAGAGCUAAACUGCCCAGGGAUGUGGACAGAACCAGACUGGAGCGCCACUUAGCACCUGAAACGUUCUUUGACAUCUUUGGAAUGGAGAUCCAGGAGUUUGACAGGCUUCCCCUGUGGAAACGCAACGACAUGAAAAAGAAGGCCAAGCUCUUCUAGCACUCAGAACAGCAUGCAUAUACUGUACAUUCAUUCAGAUAGCACACAACAACUGUAAUUUAGAUGUAGGUUUUUGGUUUUAUUUUGUUUUCUUAUGGUUUUUCUUUUUUUCCUGUCAUAAUCAUAGAAGCCAUGAAAUGGACUCUCUUUUUUUCUUUUUUUUUCUGAUGCUUCCUGAGACUGCGAGCUGAUUGAUUUGUCCAGUUGUCCAUGCACAGGAAAUUUGGAACGGGAAUCUCUUCCAUGUUCAAAAAUGACAAAGAAUAAGAAUGAAUGACAAAAUAGAGUCAUGUUAUUUGGUUUGACCGCACACUUUUCUUUUCCUUGCUUUGCUUUGAGUGGAACUGCUUUUCUUCCUUUCUUGCUUGUUUAAUCCUGCUCUUUGUUGCUGUUGAUUCCUGUGGAACUUUGUAAGUACAGUAGAACUUCAUGGCACCAUUACAGAAAUGUCCAUGCUUGUAGCUUGAACAUGUGUCCACUUUCCUUUGCUUGGGCUGAAACAGUUUUAGUCCAAAGUUUGCAAGAAUCGGCUCAGUGAGUCUUUGAAUAAAAGAAAAAUCCUCGGGAAAGCAGUCAGCUGAUCCGCCACUGGUUUUUUUCCACAUCUUGGUGGAAACCAAUGAUCUAAGCACCUACACAUCAUUUGUCUCCUUCCCCAGGCUACUGUGCACACCGAACACUCAUCUGACCCUGACAAAAGAAAAUGUCUCUCUUCUCAGGCUCUCAUUAACAUGACCAGACACUUUCCCUUUACAUGUAUUGGAAGUACAAAUCGUAAUAUAUUUUAUUGCCAUAUCCGACACACACCAACCAACAAAUAGAUAAAUCACAAAAUGUAAGAAGCAACUGUAUUUGAAAGUACUGUUUUAUAAAUGAAAACCCACACUGCCAUUUGUUGUAUUGAAAUCUAAGUCAAUAAAGCUUUAAAUCACCACUAA